CUCACGAGAUAUGACGAGAAAUGUGAUGGCAGCAGCUGAAGCCUUACUUUUGUAGAAGUCUUGGUGGAUCUAAACUGACCAUGUUAAAUGACUACCCUUACGAAGCUUCGGAUGAGGCAAGUGAGAGUGAGCUGUUGGAACGCAGCCUAUCUGUUUGGAAAGGACCGUGCUACGUGGAAACGGAAAAUUUUGACCCAAUUCCAUUUGACUUGCACACAGCUGCUAGUCUAGGGAAUUAUGAUGCAGUGCAUGCAUAUAUUACUAGGCAGGAAUCUGAUUCAAACCUGAACAGGAAGAACAAGGGAGGCUGGACGGCGCUGAUGUAUGCCAGUUACAUCGGACAUGACAAUGUCGUGAACCUACUGCUUGAUGCAGGAGUCGACGUCAAUCUAAAGAACAACAGUGGAUGUACGCCACUGAUGCUGGCAGCGAGCUGUGGCAACGAGAGCGUCGGAUUCUUUCUACUACAGUUUGGAGCAAUCUUAGAAGCUAGAGACAGCAAGGGACGGACAGCAUUGUUUCAUGCCACAAGCUCGGGUCAUCAGAACUUUGUGAAGUUCCUUCUUGAAAACUCCAUUGAUGCUAACGCAGUGGAGCCACAUCAUGGGAUGACUCCCUUUAUCCUGGCAGCGCUCGAGGGACACGAGAUCAUUGUUCAGUAUUUCCUGCAACACGGUGUAGAUGUGAACGCCAGAACCACUGUUGGGGACACUGCGCGGUCUCUGGCCCUGCUCAACCACCACACGAAGGUGGUCACUCUUAUUGAUAGAUAUGAGCACGGAAACUCCCCAUUGCGGAACGAGACUGGGCUGCACUGUGGUCCAGCCGAUCUCAGCUCGUCAGAAGAAGGUUACCGAUUGCAGCAGCACUACAAGCCCCCACGACACAGCCCUAGAUCUGGGAAAAGUAAAUCAAAAGCAGGCCCCAGCGUGCGGGACGGACCAGAGGCCGUGCAGCAGCUGAUAGAGAAGUCACGGCAACACAAGGGGGCGCCGGCGCAGCAGGGUGCAUGGCCGUCACCGGGGCAGCCGCUGCAGGUGCCGACAUUUGUACCGAGCGACUACGUCACAUUCCAGAAUGACCAGAUCGUCACGGCGAGUCAGGCGUACACGGAGCGGAGACUCCCACACAGCGCCGGCGAUGGAGGCAAGGAGGAUGGAGAAAAUGGUGUCAGCGCAUUUCUUCAGACGGGCGCCGUCACGAUAAAGAGUAGUUCGAGUUCUAGCGGAGGAUUUGCGGCCGCGGUGGGCAUACCUAGCGGUGACAGUCUAUCCGAGCAAGAAUCGCCUGCUAAACUGACAACACGCGAUCUCACGGGUUAUGUGCCCACACCGCCGUCACCCGCACCCACGUUGCCCACGCUGGCCAAGGAACCUGUGCCACCGGACGAUAAGGAGAGUCGGCAGGAGCAGCAGCAGCAACAACAACAACAGCUGGACCACCACCAUCAUCAACAGCAGCAACAGCGUCAGCAGGAGCAUCGGCAGCAGCAGGAGCAGGAGCAGCAGCAGCAGGAUCUUGAGGCGUUUCUGAGACAGGUGGGGCUGUCGAAGUAUCACGGCGUGCUCGUGGAGCAGGACAUUGACCUGCAGCUGUUUCUCACGCUCACCGAAAACGAUCUCAAGGAGGUUGGAAUUCAAUUAUUGUGUCCAAGGAGAAAGAUGACAUCGGCGAUUGCCCGUUGGCAUAGCAACGCGCCGCCUCCUCUACUAAGCGCGGAGCAGGCUUAUGCGGAUAAGCUAGAGGCGGAAAUGCAAGAAAUGGCCAUUCACACUCCAUCAGGUACCACUGCACCUAUCAUGUCUGGUUACCUAUUAAAGGUGUAA